UUCCUAAUACCCUGCCUCUUGUUUCAUUAUGAAAGAUGUACAAACUUCAAACCAAGAGAGUAAAAUCUACCGCUGGCCAGAUGUGGACUUCAAAUGUAUCUAAGAUCAGACAAUCUCUUAAAAAUGUUUACCAUAAAUGCAAGAUCCAGCACCCAUAUUCAACUAGAUAUCCAAGAAUGGAUUCCUAUGAUUGUGCUCAAGAUGACGUUAGCACUGAUGAAGAAAGGAAUCUUAGAGUGAUGCUCCAAGAUAUUAAAACUUCCCAAAUUGAACUCCUCAGCCAAAUGACUGACACUGUCACUUCAGUAACAAAAAUCCAGAAGAAGAAUGACCUUUAUCAGAAGCAAAUGGAGGCACUGGAAACCAGAGUGAGUGUUAACAAAGACAAACAAUGUACAAUCACUAACAAUAUCUUCUCUAUAAAAGAAGACAUCGAUGACUUAAAGAAGAAGAUGAUGGAACUGGAAAACUGCAAUUCUUGCUCUGUCAUACAUUGUUCAGAGGUUCUGGAGGGAGAAAAGGGUACAGAAAUCAUAGAACUGCUUCAGAAACUCAUACAAUCAGAAACUUUGAAGAAGACAUCAGUCUCUACAGAAUCUAGAAUCUCUUCAACAACACCAGAGAAAGUGCCCAGUUAUCCAGGCUCCACUGCUCAUCUUAAAGGAAAAGCAAUUUCUCUCAAAAUCAAAACUCUGAACAACAGUAACCAUCCACCAAGAAGCUUUAAAAAAGCAAAGUCAAAUAUUUACAUUUACCCAGACUUUAGCACAUGGAUCAAGCUAACUUUUGUUCAUGGAGGAAAGUGGAGAUUUUUCCUUAGUGCUACCAAACUGGAGGAGUUCAUCCAAUGGCUUCUUUCUGGGCCAACCAUCCUUCCUGAGGAACCAAGGCUCAUUACCCAGAAAUACUGUCUAUUUGCUGGGCCUAUUGCGAGUUUGACCACAAUCUGUCUCUCUGUUUUCAACUAUAUUUACUGCCUCUUUCGAUCCUCAAAACAGGAAGUAACUCGACUGUAG